AUGCUUAAAGUCGUUAAUGCUGCACAUAAUUACUCCAAGUCCAAAUGUGGCGAAAUUCAUUAUCAAUCUUCGACAUUUUCGAUUUUGUGCAUUUUUUGUGGUAUGAAAACGCUUGCAUUUUCUGAAUUCUGUGAACAUUUUAAUAAACAUUAUGAAGAAUUCACGAACGAAUUAUCUGAUACCGAAGUAGUGACUAUUAAUAUUGAAAGCAACAGUACGACAAAUUCCAAUUGUAAGCAUGAUCCAUUGAAAUUAGAAGCAGCAGAUCUGACAAAUAAUUCGGAAGUGGGAUUAAACGUUCUUGGGGCACCCAAUCAGGAAACAAUUAUAGUAGAAAAUAAAAACGAUGACAGCCUUACUGAUGUUCAGUUGCUUCCGCACAAAAUAGUAUUUGAUGCAAUACAAUAUGAUAAGAAUAUUGUAAAAGACAAGAUGAAAGAAGAAAGUGCUGACGUGAAAACUAAACCGACUAAUCAAACAAAUUUAGUAGAUUGUUCAACUUUCAGAAGGACUUCAGGUCAUGAAAACAUCAGUGAGAGCGAAUGUGAUCAUACGGAUACAAACCAUAUAGAAAGUACGCCAAAUGGGAGUAUUGAUUGGACGAAAUCCUAUGAACCAAAUUUGUUAAGAAAUAGUGACAAACGUCCUUACAAAGCACGUAAUACACCAAAUAUGUGCACAUAUUGUGGUAAAACAUUUCGUCGCCGUUUGCAGCUGGAUACGCAUUUAAAUAUACAUACCGGGUCCAAACCACACCAAUGUGAGAUUUGUGGACGUCAGUUUCGUGCAGUGACAACAUUAGCACGCCAUCGCAAUACUCACCAAAAUCGCUCCGAUUUCAACUGUAAGUUUUGUGUGAUGUCUUUUUCUCGGCGCGCAGCAAUGUUAAGCCAUGAAUUGCGGCACACACAAGAGCGAAACGUGCCAUGCGACGAGUGUGAAAAGCUAUUCUACACAGUUAAUCAAAUGGAUACACAUAAACGAAAAGUUCAUCAUUUGACGGAUGAUGCAUCUUUACCAUUUCAAUGCAAUUUGUGUACGAAUCGCUAUCGUAGUGCAUCUAUGUUAAGUACGCAUAAGUUCAAAAAGCACUAUAAAACAGCAAAAAUAUUUUGUGAGCAGUGUGACAAGAAGUUCAUUGAUGAAGCUCAAUUAGAGGUGCACAAAACUAUACACAAACCAACUCUGAAACAUAAUUCUUAA